UUUCCUUUUUUUUUAUAUUUUUUUUAUGUCUUCCUGUCUGAAAAACAUUAACAACAACAACACCACCUGAUCAUCAAAAAUCAUGGCUAAAACCAGAGCCACAAGAAAAACCCAAACCCUAAUUGAUUCAUAUACCAUCAAAUCAAUCCAUAAAUCCAUCAAACCUGGAGACUGCGUGUUGAUGCGGCCAUCAGAUUCUUCAAAACCAUCGUACGUCGCAAAAAUUGAAAAAAUCGAAUCCGACAGUAGUAGUAAAAAACGAUCAUCAAAGAACAACAACGUUAAAGUUCAUGUCCAGUGGUAUUACAGGCCGGAAGAAUCGAUAGGCGGCCGGAGACCGUUUCACGGAACCAAGGAGUUGUUUCUUUCCGAUCAUCAUGAUGUUCAGAGCGCCGAUACAAUUGAAGGAAAGUGUGUUGUUCAUACUUUUAAAAGCUAUACUAAACUUGAUGCUGUUGGAAACGACGAUUUCUUUUGUCGGUUCGAUUAUAAUUGCUCUACUGGUACCUUUGUUCCUGAUCGAGUUGCAGUAUAUUGUAAGUGUGAGAUGCCUUAUAAUCCCGACGAUUUAAUGGUUCAAUGCGAUGGCUGCAGCGAUUGGUUUCAUCCUGCUUGUAUAGAUAUGGAGCCAGAGGAGGCUAAAAAAAUUGAGCAUUUCUUCUGUGAGAGCUGUUCAGCUGAAGAACAAAAGCUGCUCCAGAAUUCUAACGCUGCUUCCAUACAUACGAAUAUGAAGGUGGGAACAAAGCGUCGUCGGCGGUAAUGCAUGUACGGGUUUAAGUAUCAAAUUUAAACUCGAUGUUUAAUAUAUAGUGUGGACCUGUAUAAUGGCAGCGAUAGUAGCAACGAAACAAACUUAAUGUAUACGGUUCCUUAAAAAGUGUUUCGUAGUCAAAUUUAUGUAUAUUAGGGGUUUCCGACUCUUUUGUGGUUUUUGUAUCCGUAUGUAUAUUAGAGGUCAUCUUGUAUGUACUUAAUUACCUUAUUAUAUAUGUAUGUUUUAAAUAUUCACAUGGGAA